AAAAAAAUCAUUAUUUUUGUUCUUGUUGAGAUUAUAUCAUUCAUUUUAUCUAGUGUGUUAGUUUGUUUUUUUCGCAUAUUUUAUUAUUAUAUUUGUAAUAUCCGAUAACCGGCAGUUUUUGGCCAUAGGAAUAAGCAAUUUUAGGCGAAGAAAAAAACUUUUUUCACAUCUGUUUUUAUCAUCAUCAUCAUCAUCUUCAUCAUCAAGAUCAAAUAUUCAUUUUGAUUUUGAUCAAUUUUUUUUCUCCUCAAAUUUAAUAAUUUUUGUUUUUUCAAAACUAAAUUAACAAACAGGCACGGAAAACUGAUUACUAAUCAAUUUGCAAUUUCUUUGUACUGACCUUUUUCUGUGUGUGAAAAAAAAUUGAUUAAUCUUUUUUUACUGCUGGAUCAUAUCAAAACGAACGAAUAAAAAACCGAAAACAAGAUUUAUCAAUUAAAAAAUAAAAAUAAAUUCAAGAUUAAAUUAAAAUGUCUUCAAAUUCAAGUGGUGAUGUAGCUGCAAGUGGAUCAACAACAACAGCAACCACUGCAGCUGCAAAUAAAUCCGAUAAUGAAUCAUCUAAUAAUAAUAAUACAACAUCAUCAACAACAACAAACAAUCAACAAACAGCAGCAGCAACAACAACAACAUUAACGAAUCCAACAACAACAACAACGACAACAACAUUACAAAUAUCCAGUGGUGCUGGUGGUGAUAUGAUACAAUUUAAUAAAGAUCUAGAUCAAUGGAUUGAACAAUUAAUGGAAUGUAAACAAUUGACCGAAUCACAAGUAAAACAAUUAUGUGACAAAGCUAGAGAUAUAUUGACAAAUGAAUCAAAUGUACAGGAUGUUAAAUGUCCAGUUACUGUUUGUGGUGAUGUACAUGGACAAUUUCAUGAUCUAAUGGAAUUAUUUCGUAUUGGUGGUCGAUUACCAGAUACAAACUACCUAUUUAUGGGUGAUUAUGUUGAUCGUGGUUAUUAUUCCGUUGAAACGGUUACAUUAUUGGUUGCAUUAAAAGUUCGUUAUAAGGAUCGUAUAACAAUAUUACGUGGUAAUCAUGAAUCAAGACAAAUUACACAGGUAUAUGGUUUUUAUGAUGAAUGUUUAAGAAAAUAUGGUACAUCAAAUGUAUGGAAAUAUUUUACCGAUCUUUUUGAUUAUCUACCGUUAACUGCUUUGGUUGACCGACAAAUAUUUUGCCUACAUGGUGGUCUUUCACCAUCUAUUGAUACAUUGGAUCAUAUCCGUGCUUUGGAUCGUUUACAAGAGGUACCACAUGAAGGACCGAUGUGUGAUCUAUUAUGGUCGGAUCCGGAUGAUCGUGGUGGUUGGGGUAUUUCACCACGUGGUGCUGGCUAUACUUUUGGUCAUGAUAUAUCAGAAACAUUUAAUCAUACAAAUGGCCUAACAUUGGUCGCACGUGCUCAUCAAUUAGUAAUGGAAGGUUUUAAUUGGUGUCAUGAUCAUAAUGUUGUUACAAUAUUUUCAGCACCGAAUUAUUGUUAUCGUUGUGGUAAUCAGGCUGCAAUCAUGGAAUUAGAUGAUACACUUAAUUAUACAUUUUUACAAUUUGAUCCAGCGCCUAAACGUGGUGAACCACAUGUUACAAGACGUACACCAGAUUAUUUCUUGUAGGAAAAUUAAACAAACAACUAAACAAUUAAUAAUAAUAAUGAUAAUAAUAAUAAUAACAACAACAUUAUAUUCAA